AUGGAAUCAACAACAACUCUGGCUUAUAUGGCGGCAGCCACUCCUCUGGCAAUGGACACCCAGUCAUCCAUGUCUAGCUACCUUUGGCUGCUUGUCUUAGGCUUCGUCAUUGCCUUCAUUCUGGCAUUUUCAGUGGGUGCCAAUGAUGUGGCUAACUCCUUUGGGACAGCUGUGGGCUCUGGGGUCGUUACCUUGAAGCAGGCUUGUAUUCUGGCUACAAUAUUUGAAACAAUUGGCUCCAUGCUGCUCGGUGCAAAAGUCAGUGAGACCAUUCGCCAGGGUAUCAUCGAUGUCCGCAUGUACAAUGGGUCAGAACCUGUGCUGAUGGCAGGCUCCAUCAGUGCCAUGUUCGGCUCAGCUGUAUGGCAGUUGUUUGCUUCUUUUCUGAAGCUCCCUAUAUCUGGAACACACUGCAUUGUGGGAGCUACCAUUGGUUUUUCCUUGAUAGUCAAUGGUCAUCAUGGAGUGAAGUGGCUGGAGCUUGUCAGGAUUGUGACAUCAUGGUUCCUUUCUCCUCUUCUCUCCGGAAUUAUGUCUGCUGUUCUGUUUUACUUUGUUCGUAAGUUCAUUUUAAACAAGGACAAUCCUCUGCCUAAUGGCCUGAAGGCCCUACCCGUCUUCUAUGCUGUUACCAUGGGAAUAAACCUCUUCUCCAUCAUGUUUACUGGUGCUCCAAUGCUGGGGUUUGACAGAAUUCCCUGGUGGGGCACACUACUCAUCUCAUUCGCCUUUGCUUUCCUCACAGCCAUUGUGGUAUGGUUUACUGUCUGUCCACACCUCAGGAAGAAGAUUGAGAAGAUGAUCAAGUCCAGUCCCUCUGAGGGUCUACUGAUGCAGAAGAACACCCUGAAUGCUGUGUCUGAUGAGCCACAUAUUGCAACCUAUUUCCCUGUACAGCUACCUCCUCCUGAGGAUGGAAAAAUUACUUUUGACAUUGGAGAGACUGAGGAUGUGGAUGAUAAGGACAGCAAAGACUUGGAUGUCCACAGCAAGGACCAGGUCCAGUUCAGCAAUAGUAAUGAACUUCCCACCCAAUACCACACCGUCCAUAAGGACUCCGGCCUGUACAAAGACUUGCUGCACAAGUUGCACCUGGCCAAGGUGGGUGACUGCAUGGGUGAGGGAGACCGAGCCAUCCGCCGCAACAACAGCUACACUUCGUACACCUUGACUAUCACUGGCAUGCACAAUGACUUCAAGCUGAUGGAUGGAGAUCUCAAGCCUGGUGAGGAUGGAGAUAAGGAGAGGAAGCAAAUGUGUGCAGACAAUUAUACCAGGUACUUCAGCACAGUGACUGACAGUAGGCCACUGGAUGAUGGUGAGGUGGUGAUGGAUGCAAGUCAUGAAACUAGCAGUGAGCUUUCACUGGAAGAGGAUGCGUUGGAGAUCGACCGGCCAGAAGUCUCUCUACUCUUUCAGUUCCUUCAGAUCCUCACUGCCUGUUUUGGUUCCUUUGCUCAUGGAGGCAAUGACGUCAGUAAUGCUAUUGGACCCCUGAUAGCCCUCUGGCUGGUGUACGACACAGGGAAGGUGAUCUCUAAUACUCCCACACCCAUCUGGCUGCUGCUGUAUGGAGGAAUAGGCAUCUGUGCUGGGCUCUGGGUUUGGGGACGCAGGGUCAUUCAGACUAUGGGCAAGGACCUGACCCCCAUCACUCCUUCCAGCGGUUUCAGCAUUGAACUGGCCUCGGCAGUGACAGUGGUUAUUGCCUCCAACAUUGGCCUUCCUGUCAGCACCACUCAUUGCAAGGUGGGUUCAGUCGUGGCUGUCGGCUGGUUGCGCUCCAAGAAGGCAGUUGACUGGCUUCUGUUCCGCAACAUCUUUAUAGCUUGGUUUGUGACAGUACCUAUUUCUGGUGUCAUCAGUGCUGCCAUUAUGUCCCUUUUCUACUAUGUCAUUAUUUGA